UUGUGUGUUUUGACAGAAUGUGACACAAUCAAAACAAUAUUGCUAUUUUCAAUGUGAUAAAAUUUAUUCUGGUUUUUCUUUGUGAAAAUCGUAUUUUUCCAAUACUUUACCAAGCUCAUUGAACAUUGAAAAUGGAACAAGAAAUUGAUAAAGUCUUAGACGACACAAUUGCCAAUGAAAAUAUUACAGCAUGUUUGAGUGCGAAUCGACACGGCCUUUGCAUUGGAGCUCGUGGAAACAUUUCACAGCAAUCGUCUGGUCUACUAGUUGCGCUGCUUGACCAAGCUCAAAAAUUGGAACCACAAUCCGGUCCGCCAGUCGUUAUAUUGGAAACAGCAAAGAACUCUUGUUUGAUCCACAAACAUGGAGUUACCGGAGUCAUUGUGAAGAAUCUCGACCGAACGAAUUAAUCUAAUCACAAGGAAAAAUCCAAUGAAUUCGCAUAAGAAGCAUGUUUGUUUAUUAAGAUAUGUUCAUAUUUGGAAUUCCAAAUAAAAAAUAAACAAUUUUUUUAAUUAAA